AGAAGAUGAGAAAUCCAGGAAUUUGAAAGAUAUUAUACAUAAGAAUAAUGAUGAUAACCCGAUAAGCUACAAUUUGUAUCUAAGAAAAAGUUCAAACCCUGAUUGGAGAUACUUAAAAAAUGAUAAGGGUCAUUUAGAAUUUGGACGUGUCAUCAAUCAAGAUGAAAUUAAGAAAGCUGAAAAGCAAGCUGCACAGGAUUACGCGAAAUUAGGAAUCUCGUACGAAAUAAGCGAAAGAUCAAGUUCUGAGACUAAUUUAUCAUAUCAUUGCACACAAUAUGAAAGAGCUUCUCUAGAAUUUAGUAAAUAUUUAAAACCAAGAAAAGAAUUUAUUGAUGCGGUAAAAGAUGCUUUAAAUUCAAAGGACGUAAAUAAGUUGAAGCUAAUUCCUGAGGAAUAUGGUCAAUUAUAUUCAACUGAAGUUAUCUUUGGUGGUAAGGUUUAUAUUAAAGAAUCAAAGGUUUCAAAAAAACUUUCUAAUAAGAAUUCUAAUAAAGUUGAAGCGAAGCUAAAUGCCGGAACCGUAGUUGCCAAAGUAGGUCUUGCUUGCCAAGAUUUAAAUGGAAAUGCCGAUUGCUUACAAAGCGAUCGUUUAAAGUUAAUCGGAGGAAAGGUGCCCGAUAAUACGAAGUUUGACGAAGAUUCUUGGUAUAAAUCUUUGAGUGAUUAUGGAAAUUGGGAUUGCGUAGGAUUUCAAAAUCCUGCUU